GAGAGACUGUGAUACCGGGCCCCAUCUCGUCCACUUGUGGCUUUCGAGACAGCGGCGGUGGCGUCGUGAUGACGUCUUCGGCGGCUUCGACGACCGCGACGACGGACCUGGCCUCGAUGCUCCCGGGAGAGCGGGCCCUGACCCAGGUGCUGGCCGAGCACCCGGGAGAACUGAUGCGCACGGGAAGCCCCAACGUGGUGUGCUCGGUGCUGCCCAGCCACUGGCGCUCCAACAAGACGCUGCCCAUGUCGUUCCGCGUGCUGGCGCUCAGUAGCGACGUCUGCGACGGCACGCUGGUGACGCUCAGGGCGGGCAACGACGAGAACUACUGCGGGGAGCUGCGCAACGCCUCGGCCGUCAUGAAGAACCAGGUGGCCAAGUUCAACGACCUGCGAUUCGUCGGCAGAAGCGGGCGAGGCAAGAGCUUCACCCUGACCAUCACCUUAAGCACCAAUCCUCCACAAGUGGCCACAUAUGCCAAGGCCAUCAAGGUUACCGUUGACGGACCCCGUGAGCCAAGACGUCAACAGCAGCAGUUCCGUGCAUUUGCCAGUGCAUUCGGCCAGCGGCCCCCGUUCCUGGACCCGCUGCGAGAGUGGGAUCACCUGCGCCGAAAAACGGCCGAGCAGUGGGCGCUGGACAUACCCCGGAGGAUACCCGGCGCUGGAUCGCACCACGAACUGGCUCAGGCAGCGCUGCAACAAUUGAGCGCCGCCGAUGCCCACUGGGGAGCGGCAUACCCACACUACAACCCGUACCUGGCCCCAGCCUCGGGCACCGGCGGCUUCAGCACGGCGCCCGUGAGCUACUCGCUAGACGCCAGUGCCGCGGUGGCCACUUCACUCGCGGCGAAUGUCUCCUCCCUGGCUGCCGUCGCAGCGUCCGACAACGCUGCGGGACUGUCUCUGCACAACACGCUCCUGGACACCAGCCACUCCCCGGCGAGCCUCGUUUCCUGUCCCGUGGACUCGAUCGGCGGCCACACGGGCACCGCAGCCGUGCCGUCCGCGCUCCUGGGCACGGCCUCAACGCCUUCCUCAGACUCGCCGCUGUCCAGCACGCGAUCGCUGACGCUCGACGUCAACGCCCUGUCCGGCGGCAACGCCGCGCUGCACAAUCAGCACUCCGACUCGCUGCUCACUCCCCCGCGCAUCACCAAGUCGCCGUCGUCCCUGCUCCUGGGCAACGGCAACGGCGGAAGCUCGAGCUCUUCUCCGUCGUCUUCGAGCCUCGACUUUUUGCCGAAUCCUACCAACUAUGGCGGAUUCCUGCCCGCGCACUCGUACUACGGCACCAACGGAACUUCGACGGGCACGUCGACGACCACCACGCAGCCUCACACGACCACGGGCGUCUACCUGAGCCCGCCGGUGAUGCCGCCGUCGCUGCUGUAUCCGCAAUUGUACGGUUCGAUGUCCCAUCCGUCGUUCCAGUUCCUGGGCAACGAUCUGAAGUGCGUCAUGGACGCGGCAGGGUUCAGUACUACCACCCCGACGAUGCAGCAGUCGCAACAGCAGCGACUGGACAAUACGCUCGUUCACGCUGACACAACCAGCAUCAGGACGCACCAACAGCUACCAUCGUUGGUACAGCAGCAGCAGCAGCAGCCGCAACACACAACGGACGACAUCGUCGCACCACAGACCCCGUCGCUGGCAGGAUCCGUACUAGAUUCGUUACGGACGCAGGGAGACCACCACAAUGUCUGGAGGCCGUACUGAACGCACCCGAUCACCCACUGAGGCCCGUGUGUGCACGUGUUGAUUGUUAUUUAUUUUGGAACAGUUAGUGAUGCGAUACCACAGCGCACGUUUAAUGACGCGUGACUAGACUGUCAUCUGGGAAGAAAAAGUAGUUCGUCUUUGAAGUCACCACGUGGCUGUUACUAUUGCGAGGAACUGAAGGAACUCGUACGUAGCCAGGCGAACGCAAAGGUGACAGUAAUCACAAAUUCACCUCUAAGCAAGUGCGAUCAAGUUGCCUCGUUUCUUGUUGCAUAAGGUAUGCGCCAAAGGUGUGAUACAAACAAAAACGUGAGCUCAAAGCCUCUUGCGACCAAAGAAUUGUGUCCGGCUAUGAAGCAUAAGGUAGGAUGAACAUCAAGCAUCACGUAAUAUGCUCUUCAAUCUUUAUUGUCCAUGCAUUACUACAAAACAAUUGUAGGUGUUUGAAUACCACCUGCAUCGUGGCUCAGAUCCCGUGUGCACUGGACACUUUCUAGAACUGCAGAAAGCUCAAGAAAAAAAAAAAAACGUUCAGUAACAGUGUAUGUGCACCUUUCUACCCAAUGUUCUGUAGUCUGCGAGAAACACAGUAGUCGCAGAGUUUGACACUUCAAUGUGAACCAACUAUUCUCAGAAGAUCCGACCGAGCAUGUUGUUCAAUCGAAAACGAAGCGUUCAACAAGACUAUGUCGUGUCCACCCUGAGAUAAAAACUGUGCUGUACAUAUUAUGCGUGUUCACGUCAUUCCACCCUGUCGUGUAUCUUUCAUGUAGCAUCCCAUCUUCAAAAGCAAUACUGACAUGCAAUAAAUGAGACCACGUCUAUCUCUGUUACGUA